GGCUAAAUCGUCCUCAGUAGAAAGCAAAGGUUCUCUGGGACUUCACUGGCUUCAUCUUGGUGCCAAAGCACCUAGGAAAAUAUCACAUGAAAUCUGAUCCAUCUUGAGAUACAGUUGGUUUAUUCUGCUCUGGCAGCAAAAAUGAAUGGCAUGAAAGCUUUAUCGAGCCUGAUUGUUCUCUCAGGAUGUUUGCUGCCCAUGAACACUGCAAUUACUGCUGAACAGGUAUCCGAAUGUGUCAACCUUGGGUUCACAGGUCUCCAGCCAUGCUCAGCGUGCGACACACUACAAUCAUACGUGGAAGACCCAGAGCUUGUGGAAGAGUGCCAGAGAUGUUGCACUCCUGAGUCUGGCGCUGACUCUGGCAAAUUCUUGAGCGCAGUCCUUGAGGUUUGCAGGCACCGGCUAAGGGAGUUUCCCACUGUGGAGCACUUUGUUAAGGACAAGGCGGAGGAGAUUGAGGGAUUGGAGGUCCGGUACCGCUUUGGCUCCUCGCCAAGACUGAUCCUCGUUGGCGAGAAUGGAAAGAAGGAGACUCUGAGAAUAGACAAGUGGAAGACUGAGCUGAUUGAGGAGUUUCUCAAUGACAAGCUUCCUGCCAAUACUGCUGACGACUGAUCCAUCAAUGUAUAUGUGAACGCUCAAGAAGCUCGUGGUGUCAAUCCAGCUAGUGUGAUCGAGCAGUGACUGCCGACAGAACAUGGCAAACAGUAUUUUGCUGAUUCCGGAAGCCUUCUCAAGAGCGGCAGCUGGCAUUGGGGGAGCAGGAGCUGGCAUUGGGUGCUAGAACACAGCUGUGUACAGGGAAGUUGAUUUUCCCGGAUAUCUUUGCCAAUGUCUGAUAGUGGCUUUGAGGCUGACUCAGGAGUUCGGAGGCAGGACUGACUUGGACUGAAGCUUUUCAACGGUCAGGCUGUAUCAUUGUGACAAGCUCAACUGCAGUGUCAGCCCCAGGGUAAGUAUGCUAGCGGUCAAGAUUACUAUCUCAAAAUUACUCAGUUAGUCACUAAGUUACGGUAAUGGCUGGGCUGCCUCCAUCGCCAAUGGUUUUCAUCCUGGAUCAUCCUGGAUCAUGAUGAAGGUCACAAUGAUGGACGGUCCAUCAGUCUGAUUUGCAUGACUUCUAGAUGAUCUUGCACUCACCUUGAGAACUCCCAUUGGAAGACCAUGGCGCGUCAUUGGAUAGUCAUGGUCACCGAUUUGCCAAAUUGCAGUGGACAGUACGCCGCAACUUGCGCUCAGUGGCUCAUAAGAGUGCAUACUGCGUACACUGUAAUUUAUAGUCUGUAGUCCUUGUACACUGUAACCUUCAGUCU